AAACAAAACAAAAUACAACAGCUUAGAAUUCAUUUGUAAAAUCUAAUAGGCAAUGAAAUUAGCAUGGCCACACCAUUUUUCGACAAAUUCAAUUGUAUCGGGUAUGCUUGUGUGUGGUGACAUUUUUGCAGACACCGUCAAUUUGCUCCAGACAUCACGAUUCGCCUGACGAUGUGAUCGUUGGAAAAUCACCGGUUGCUUAUGCUGAAUUGGAUAGCCACUAAUAACACAUGGUUGCUCGUGAUCAAAGACGCGUGACUCGUAUAAAUUACGAUCAUCGGUCGGUAAUAUCUAGAAUUAUCUAUUUUCAUUGUUUCGCUCAAGUAAAACGUCUUCGAUGCAUUCCCCAGAGCGGCAAAACAACGUUGAGCUACCUGCAAUCCAUUCAGUGUCAAUAAAUGGUGUAUUUUUUUUGGUCAACCGGUACAUCGCCGAGAGUCUCGAGGAACAAUAUUGCACGACCAAAAUCAUUAUCGUUAACUGCUGUACCGAACUCCACCAAACCUUCAUCGAGACAAGUAUAACUGAAUGAUACCCCGUGAUUUGAAUGAAGAGAUAUUGGACCCAAAUCAAGAGGAAUAAUUGAUUUGCAAGAACCGAAUAAAUAACGGGUGGUGGAUAAGCCCGUAAUUUGGGAUUAGGAUUAUCUGUAUGUAUCGAAAUGCAUGCACGUGGUGUGGCAGCAAAAUGGCAAAGUCGUCGAAAGAUUUCUCUUGGUCCCGUUCGUCGUGCAUGCCCUGCUUCAGGAGCUACUUGGAAUGUUCAGGUGGUACGGGGCAAAAUGACGUCAUCAUGUUUAUGGCAUGCAUGUCGAGCAUUGGCGCUUGGUCUUCUGCUAAUGUUGAUCGGAGCGGGUAUGGCGACAAUAGGAUAUUAUGCAGAGCAUAUAUCACGACAUGCUGAGACGCGAAAUAAUUCAACGGUCCGUGUGAAAACCGAUUCAAAGUCUGGCAUUCAUUUGCAUAAUUUGUCAUAUGCAGGUCCGAUCGUUAUGGGCUGUGGCGCCUUUAUUUUAGUGGCCUCCUGCGUAAUGACGUUUGAAGCUAGAGACUCAGCAGCCAAAGUUGUGCCCGCCCGAUUUAAAUUAAGUACAAAUACCCGUGCCAAUGGAGCACGAUUAAAUUCAUCGAGACGAACUACCGCGUCGGGAAUGUCAUCAACAGUUGGUUCGCAAACGCGUUGGGAUAAUCAACUGGGCAUUUUUCGAACGUCACCCGGUGACAAUCCAGUUCAAUCAAGAGUCGCUCAAACUGCUGCAUUGGUUCAUUUCUCCAGAAUAAUUGGCUCAGCGCACUAUUCAUCAAAGGAACGACGAUUCUCUCGGAGUGGUAGUGUACCAAAUUUAACAUCAUGCAAUCGAUCACCAACGAUUGCAAAGCAAAACUCAAUAUCGCCGACAGCCCAACGAAUUCGUCAACACCAUCGUACAUCGAAAAAGGAUCGGAUUGCUCGUAACAUUCGCAGCAUGCAACGCAACAAUUUGAAUAAAUCGAUCGAUGAAGGUGGUGUUUACUUUUCCGGUGCAAAAAUAUCAAUUGAUUCGCAAAACUCGACGGGUGAAUUUUUGGGAAAUAAACGUGAACGAACAAAACGUUCUGAUACAGCAAAAAAGCAUAUUUUAGCACGUCAAAAGCAAAUUGACAGUUCCGAAGUACAUAAUAGUAUUUCUAAAACGACUUUUACGAAUAAUCGAAGUAACUCAACCAAUUCGGACAUAUCGAAUAUAUUUCGUAAGGGUGGUAAAAGUGUAUCUCGAACGCCGAGCGUUGAUUCAAGAGCGGUGCAAACCGAUGAGAUAUUAGAAAAGGCAAUUAUAACAAGUCCACCGUAUAAAAAAGCGGGCACAUUAAUUGCACAAACGUCAACGCCAUCGGUGGAGGGGAGAUUUAAGAGUCAGUUAUCGGUGUGUUCGGAGCCGGCAAAUAUUCCAAUAUAUCAAUUAUCAAUCGAACAUUCACUAGCGGAGGAAGAACCAAAAGUGCCACAAUCGCCAAUCGUAGUAGAUACAACAACAUUAACGACAGAGAUGACAAGCGAAGAACAAUCAGUGCAACCAAAGCGUCCCACAACAUUGGUGUUAGAUUGCAAUCGUGUAAAUUCAUCAGUGUUUAAAAAUGAAACAAAAAUGCGAAUAGUAUCGAAUGAAAAAUCGAUUGAAAAACCGUCGACACGGCAAAUUCCGAAGACAUUGUUUCGCAGUAAUUCGUCGAAUUUACAUAAGCGUAUAAGUACAUUUGUUCCGGCCGCCACCACAUCGGCCAGCAAUAAAUUUAAACUGAGCAGUGAGCUCGAUCAAAUAUUCGUAAUUAGUAGCAAUCGUUCAAUUAAUACAGCAACCAAUAAUGCCGGCACUACCGAAGACGAUAGCUACGAUUCAAUCGAAGUGAUCGACGAACGUCGGAUGAAAAAUAUGCCAAAAUCAGAUCGAGCACGACUGUACAAGAGUAAUACAUUUAUAUGCGAAGAAUACUAUACAAACGAGCAAAUGGCUUGUGUUUUGGACACGAAAGAGACUAAAGAAACAAUAAUCGAAGAGAAGCGAGAAUGAAUUUGCCACAAAUACGGAAAUGAUAUGAUUUUAGAUUUUAUAUUUAAUUAAGUAAAGUUUUUUGUUUGUUCUCUCUCUCUGUGUUGUUCACGGACAUACAGAUAUACAAAUAUCACAGGUGAUCAUCUUAUGCCAAAUACAUAGGUUAGGAGUACACUAUGAUCACAAAAGUUCACGUUCACAUUGUGCAAUCAGCGACACACACCGUAAAAAUUGAUGCAAAUGCAAACCAUAUAUGUAUCAAAUUUAAGAGAAAAAAAUACACACAUUUAUUUCGAUGUUUAAUAUUAUAAUCGUGAGGUGCAAACGCAAGAAAUGACACAUUUUUUUGAUAUGAAUUUCGAAAUUUUCAAUUUAAUGAACAAAAAAUAACUGAUGAUUACCCAUCGAUUGUAAGAUAUACACACACAUUAUAUAUAUAUACAAGUACAUUCAUAUAUCAACGCAAUUAAACUGCAAAGUGAGCCCGAAAGAAAAAGAAGCGCAUCCUCAAGAGCAAUUAUACACAUACGAGAUGAAAAAAAUCAUACUGUGGAUAAUAAAUAUGUAGAAAGUAGAAAUUGUGAUUAAAUUCUUUUUUUAUAUUUCAUUUUUAUUUAUU